CAGGUUUUCAGAGCUGUUCCUGCCUCCCGGGAUCGAUGCAGCUUCAGCGCUAGCAAACACUGGACUGAUUGUACCUGCUAUAACACCAGCAAGGCGACACUGGAUCUUUUUUUUUUUUUUUUUUUUUUCUUCUCUAUAUGCUAUUGCACCCGGGAUAAACAAUUAAGGAAUGUGGAAAUUACAGAAUGCCCACCAGCGCUGGAAAGAGAUUUAAACCCACCAAAUACAUCCCGGUGUCCACAGCAGCCGCUCUUCUUGUGGGAUCGAGCACUUUAUUUUUCGUUUUCACGUGCCCCUGGUUGACCAAAGUGAUCUCCCCUAUCGUGCCUCUCUACAAUGGCCUCGUCUUCCUCUUUGUCUUGGCCAACUUCAGCAUGGCGACCUUCAUGGACCCUGGUGUCUACCCUCGAGCGGACGAGGAUGAAGACAAAGACGACGACUUCCGAGCGCCUCUCUACAAGAAUGUGGAGAUCAAGGGCAUUCAGGUUCGGAUGAAGUGGUGUGCCACCUGUCACUUCUACAGGCCGCCUCGCUGCUCACACUGCAGUGUCUGUGACAAUUGUGUUGAGGACUUUGACCAUCACUGUCCAUGGGUCAACAACUGCAUUGGACGGAGAAACUACCGCUACUUCUUUCUCUUCCUGCUGUCUCUGAGCAUCCACAUGAUGGGCGUUUUCUCCUUCGGCCUCAUCUUUGUGCUCCACCACCGGGAGAGACUGGGGGCUCUGCACACCACCGUCACAUUGGUGGUGAUGUGUAUCGCUGGACUUUUCUUUAUUCCCGUCAUGGGUCUCACGGGUUUCCACAUGGUGCUUGUGGCUCGAGGUCGAACCACAAAUGAACAAGUAACGGGCAAGUUUCGUGGAGGAGUAAAUCCCUUCACUAAAGGUUGCUGUGGCAACGUGGAGUACGUCUUAUGCAGUCCUCUGGGGCCAAGGUACAUAUUGGACCCACGAAAGAAGCCCCACAUCAAAAUUCAACCGCCGUUUAUCGGACCAGACCUUUCAGAGAGGCAAAUCACCGUCAAGGUCAAUGACAACGGCAUCCAUGGCACUAUUAUCAGCUCCAAGUCCAAAAGAAGCCUCGAUGGCCUGGAUGACAAAGAAACGCAGCCACCAUUGCCACCGAAAGCUGACCGGUACAACCAGCUGAAAAACCAUCUGACGUCCAGUGAGGAAAGCUCUCUGUCUGGUAAGACCCACCCCUCCACUCCGGCCAUGUACAAAUUCAGACCCUCCUUUGGCACCAUGCCCAAAGUCCACUAUCAUACUGCAGGGGACAAGAUUGUCAUGCCCGAUGACCAAAAUUCCUCAGCCAUUUUGGAAGAGGGUGUUCGUGGUCACGACUACCGAUCUGAGCCAAACUUAGAUCUGCCAGAGUACACUAAUGCUCCUCUUCAUCGCACUUUCAAAUCUUCCCCUUUCCAGCUGGACUCCGACCCGCUCAAUUCUCUGACUCUUAGCCUGAAGCAGGCUCACCAACGUUCAGAGAAGGGUCAGCUCGUGGGUCUGCAGCCCCAGAAGGUCACCUCUACCCCCUAUAAGAAUGUCUUCUCUCCCAACGCGCUCUCCAACCGUAACGGAAGCCUAUCCUAUGACAGCCUGCUGAACCCCAAUACCACCCCACCCACUGCCAGUGAGUGCUUGGCCCACAGUGGGAUGCCUCCGGUGGGGUUCCAGUCGCCCUACCUGCCCACCAAAAUGUGCCACAUGCGGGAACCUGAGAUGCAGAGACAACAGGUUGCCGCCACUUACAGUCCAGUUAUGUCAUUGAGGGGGGCGGGCCGUGAAUCCCCUCACCUACGGGACAGGGACCCAUCCCCGGUGCGCUACGACAACCUCUCCCAAACAAUCAUGGCCUCCAUCCAAGAGCGGAAGGAGAUGGAGGCGAGAGAGAAGCGACACAUGCUACACGGGCAUUCCCAGACGCAUAUCUACGCCCAGGACUCUGUUGUGUUUGAAAGUUCAGGGGGGUAUGGCCUUCCACCCAACCCCUGCUACCCAGAUGGGCCUCGCUGCGCCGGCUCCAGAGGCCCAACACCUCCGGCCUACGGAGGGUCCAGGGACAACCUGAUGGGGGUCGGGCUGAGCUACAGCCAGAGAACCCCUGUAUUGUGCCAGGCUGGCGCCACUAUGGGGCGAGCACCCAGGACUUCAUCCAGCUCUUUACACACAGAUCACAUUAGCACCAACAACAACCACAGAAGGGUGUCGGGCCCCGAGGGCCUUUAUCGCUCCCCUGGCCACCACCCUCACCCCCCUGCCGUGCCCCGAUCUCCCUCCUACUCCCACCACAAACUGUCAUACAUGAGUGCCCAGGAGAGGAUGGACUCACCUCGUCUAGGGGGGGCAAGAGAGGCCAUGAAAGUUAAUGGCCAGAUGGAUUGCCACCCGAGUGCCAAGGGUGUCACAGCUAGUCCCAAUCGCCACGGUAACGUGAAAAGGGUGACUGGGGUGGAAGGCACCACCUAUGAGAUUUCAGUGUGAGCAAGGAUGCCGAAUUUACCUUCAGUAGAAGAACUGCAUUUAUUUUUUUGUGAACUGUAGAAUCCAGAAGCAGGAGCUUGGUUUUGUUGUUAUUGUCCAAUCACAGGAUCAGUCUGCUUCUAAGUGGUUCUCUUUGGCCUAAUUGUGUGCGAGUCCAAAUAUCAACUGCUCCUCUGUAUUGAUGAGGGGUGUUUUACUCUGUGUUGGGUGGGGGGUCCUUAUCUUGGUCAUUUGAUUGGACCUCCUCUUUGCUAUAAUCAUGUAACCUGGUCCAAAUGUUCUGUACUGUACUUUUAUGCUCCAGACACUACUUCAGCUGGAAUAAAAUGCCACUGAAGAAAAAAAAAAAACUUUUUGACAUCAUCAGCCUGAGAAUAAUACUUUUCCAAGUGUGAGAACCUCCCCACUUGGAGAAUAAUUCUACACGUUCAGGUGCUUCACGACCAGGCCCCUUAAAGGAAACCUGCAGACUUUUUUUCCCCCAGGUAUGGAUGCAACCAGCAGUGGUUUAAUUUGAUGCAGUGUCUUUAAGGAGUUAAAGACAUACUCUGCUCGCCUUCCGCUGGACUCAGAAAGAUGCAGGCUUCUUCUGGAACAUCAGAUUACCUCACACUUAAGUUUAAAACCCAACAAUUCACAGCCAAAUUGAAUUGUUUUAGUAUUCGUUGUCUGGUUUGUUUGUUUAUAAUAGAAUGGGAAUAGCUUAGUGAUACAGGAUUGUAAAUAACACCCAUUCCCUUUUUUUUUUUUUUUUUAAAAGUCAGUUGCUUUUGCUUAAUAAACCGAACAUUUGAAUAAUUGUUUGAUUUUGUAGACUGGAUGCCUGACAUUUUAGUUAUUUUAGUGUGAUAAAUUAUACAAUUCAGCCAGAAGGGCUCAUGGAAGAACUGACUUCCACCAAUGCCAAUGUAAAGAAACUUUUUUUUUUUGUUGCUAUUUUUUGAUACACCUGUAUCUCAAAAUGGUUCUUCAGCACAAGAUUAUAAAGCAGUAAUGUAACAUGGUUUAAAAAAUAUAUAUAUAUAUAUAUAUAUAGUGUAUUAAAAGGUGAACGGAACAAAAAAAUAUCGAGUCAGAUGUUGCACAGCCAGUCCAUAUUGGAUGAGCAUGGCAUCAGUGAUGCAUUUCCCUAGAUUUGCAUUGAGAUGUUCAAUUCCCCUUUGUCUUUCAAGAGUACUGUCCCCCGCCACCCCAACCCAACUUUUAGACCAGUCAUGUUCUGUCCAUAUGCUGUUUGGGCUAACUGAAUUUGAAAUAUACCAGACUUAACACCAAUAUUUGGUUUGUCAGACUCAUCCAUUGUUCCCUUAAAGUAAUCCAAGGCCCACACCAGGUAUACAGUGAUGCCACAUAUGUGAAACAAGUCUACCUUAAAUUUGAAUUUAUCUGGUAGUUUGGUCAGAAGGGCGUUAUAAAAUUAGCUACAGAGUCGUAAUUUUAAACAUUGUUUAAGAAUCCCAUUGGGACUUCCAAACCAAUUUGACCAUACACACUGCCGGUGUCAUUCCUUAAUACUGCCAUUGUUCCAACUGUAUUUUGGCAAAUGGACUUGACUACAGGUCCCAAAAUGUUGCCAACAGUCAAUGAUACUACCCCAUCAACCCAGAGCUAAUUUUCUUUUCAAACACUUGAAU